UACAGUAUUACAAAGCCACAGUAUAAUAGGCGACCAGUGAACGACGCGAAACGUAAACAAGAUCAUCUGAGAAUUCGCGGCGCCGCAAUAAAGACACUCAUUGAAAUUCACAGAGAAAUAAGAGAAUUGGCAAUGGCGCUGACGAUAGCCUUGCCGCUCUCGGAUUUGGAGCCGGAUCAUUUCUACGCCCUGGGUGUACGCCUCCUGUACGAUCUAGGUGUCAGGGCGUUGGCGGGGGUGGCCCCGGCGCCAAUAUCACCGAGCAGCGGAAGCGAGAGCAGCGGCUUCAGCAGCGGCUUCAGCAGCUUAGCAACUUCAACAGGAUUCUCAACUCCCGCCGAAUCCAGACCAACCACUCCCGAGGACAUUCAGCCCCUGUUAAACCUCCUCCGCCCUCUCCAAUGCCUCGUGGUUAGUCCACCGACUACUACGAUCGCCUACGGAAGCAGAGAUUUGUUAGAUUUGGCGGGAAACAUCCGUGGCCCCGGGUGGCCUAUACUACACCCGAAUCUUCGACGGAAUGACCACUCAAUUUUCACGGCGAACAGUUCCUCGUACCAUCGUCUAGGUGAACACGGCCUCAUCGAAGAUUAUCCAACGAGACAGUGUCAGGACUGCAGCUUCUGCGAGCCAUCGCCAAUUCUCUCGUUUUAACGUCGUCUACACAACAGGCGAACGACGUAACUAACUAACCUGUGAUAAAUUACGCGGCAGCCAGCAAUAAUAACGGAAUUUCGAUUAACGCGCUACGAAGUACAAAUAUAUUAAGUAUGAUUAAUAGUUUUAUGAUAGACCAAAGAUUUUAUUUAUUAGCACUGCGCAUGAGAGAAUGAGUAUAAGAUGAAAAAACUGAAUCGGUGACUUUAUAUAUACAGUAUACACGAACACGGUGUACGAUUUAGCCGAAAAUUACGUAGCGCUCUUGUAUUGAUGACUGAAAAGAAUUUUUUUAUAUUCUUUACUGACGAAAAAUAGUUCCUAUGCUGGUUACGGGCUGCAACAAUGUGCAAUAUUGACGUGUCUCGAAAUCCAUUAUACAUUAUAUAUUAUACUACUAUAUUAUAUUGUAUUAUAUUAUACUUGUUCAACGUUAAGACUCAAAAGAAUAUAAUAUCAGAUGAUCGCAUUAUUUUUAUUACACGUAUAAGAAUACAUUAUAAUCUCUAAUGCUUUUGUAAUCUUCGGAGGAGUGCAUUUUUGGUAGA